AUGGAUGGAAGUGCAGUUAUUGGAUUUCCAAUUUCUUUAUGCACCGUUCAAGGAAACAUAUUACAAUCAUUUUUUGAAUGCCAACUUCGAGGACUUCGUCACAGCUGUAAAUGGCUUACAGAUUUACUAUGGUCUUUAAAUCUUCCCAUCAUAUCUAAUCCUGAUAGUGUUUUCUCAUCAAGCAAUGUCUAUCAAAGUAUUCCACCAGAUAAAUUGACCACAUUUCUACUUGCUCGUAGUUGUUUUGAUACACAAGAGUAUGAUCAUUGUGCUGAAAUAUUAUCUCAUAAUUUUGAAAAACCAAUUCAUGAUAAUCCAAAACAUUUCAUUGAUAAAUAUGGUCAUGUUUAUUAUUUCCUAUAUAUAUACUCACGUUAUAUGGCAUGUAAAAAACGUCGAGCUAAUGAUUCGGUAGAAUCACGACUUAUUUUAAAACAAGAUGAAGAGACAAAAUCAUCAUGCAUAUCUAUGGCUAAGUGUAAUAAAGAACUUUUAUCAAUAAAGUGUGAAAUUGAACCGUAUACAAAUAACAUAAAUUUAUCGAAUGAAAUAAGAACGGUCAAUAAAAUUGGUGAUUCGUUUCUACUGUAUGUUCAUUCUUUAAUUUGUCUUCGAUUGGGAAUAAAAGAAACUGCUGCAUCAUUGUUAGUUGAAGCGAUUAAUUUAAAUUUUUAUCUUUGGCCUGCAUGGUAUGAAUUGGUUGAUCUCAUAGAGAAUAAAGAGAAAAUGAAUUGUUUAAAUCUUCCUACAGAUGAUGAAUGUUGGAUGAGAUAUUUUUUUGAGGCUAAGGUGUUUUUGAAACUACAUGAAGGUGAAAGAGCUUUAGAAAUCCUAUUAAAACUCUCCGAAAGUGGAUUUAGUAGAAGUCACAAUUUGCAAGCCGAAAUCGGUUUAGCAUAUAAUGAAUUACGUGCUAUGGAAUUAGCUAAGAAACAAUUCAAACAGUUAUUCAAUGCUUGUCCUUGUCGAUUAGACAACGUGGAUACUUAUUCAAAUGUUUUAUUUGUAUAUAGAUAUCGUGCAGAGACUUGUUGUGUUGUCGGAAAUUUUUUUGGAUUGCGUGGACAACAUGAAAAAGCGGUUAUUUAUUUUCGGCGUGCUCUUAAAUUAAAAACAGCUUAUUCAUUAGUCUGGACAUUAAUUGGUCAUGAAUUUAUGGAACUUCGAAAUACAAAUGCUGCAAUACAUGCGUAUAGACAAGCACUUGUUUAUAAUCGACAUGAUUACCGUGCAUGGUAUGGUCUUGGGCAAAUGUAUGAAGUAUUAAAUUUGCCAUCAUUUUCACUUUACUAUUAUAGAGAAGCGCAGUAUCUUAUGCCUACAGAUUCACGUUUAAUUGUAGCUUUAGGAGAGAUUUAUGGGAGACUUAAACGAUUUGAUGAAGCUAAAAAGUGUUACUGGCGUGCAUAUUGUGUUGGUGAUAUAGAAGGUGAAGCAUUGAUGCGAUUAGCUAUCUGCUUUGAAAGAUGUGGUGAAGACGCGGAAGCUGCCGCAGCCUAUACAGAAUUUAUAAAAUUAUGUCAACGUAACGGUGUAAAUGAACAAAUAAAUUUAGCUAUAGCUUACAAAUAUUUAGCAAAUUAUCAUUUACGUAAAGGACAUUAUGAAGAUUCAGCUUUAGCUGCUAAUAAAUGCCUUGAAUAUCCAGAAACACGUGAAGAAGCCAAAGCUAUGCUACGUCAAAUUACAAUAUUAGCUGGAGAUAUUGAACAAUUAGCUCCAUUGGAUUCGGUUAAUAAUAUCGAUAUACCUAUUGAAGAAAGUAAAACUGAUCAUUGUGAAUAUUUAGAUCACAACUUACAAACAUCAAGGAAAGCAGAAGAAUCGGAGUUUUCCAGAACGGAAGUUAUGAAAUCUGCUGCGAAAGAAAUUCAGCCCUUGAGUAUUUCAUUGAAAGAGGCUCUCACUUCUUUCAAUGAAUCAACAGUAUCGAGGAGACUUCAUCUUUCCAAGCAACCUCCUUCAUCAUCAGCAGCACUUACAAUCCAUUCAGGUCACUUAACUGCAAGCAUUUGUUAUGGUGAAGAUGAUAUUAAUGAUAGAAAUAGUGCUAAAAAUAUCACUUCUAUUGCUGCUACUUCCUCGAUGGAAUCAAUGACUACUAUAACAACACCGGUUCAUCAUUCGCAUCCACCAACAUCACUUCCUUGUGACGAUGAAUCUUUUAAUCAUACUACUUGUGAAACACCAAUUAAUAGUGUCACUGCGGCGGUACAUUCAAAAUUUCAGAAUUCUCUGACUACUUCUAUUGAUAACGUUAAUGAUGAUGAUGAUGAUGAUAAUAAUAAUGAUCUACAACUUGAUAUAUUAUCAUCAGAACAGAGAGAUGAAUCAAUGGGACAUAGUAGUAAUGAGACAUAA